UUCUUUCUUGAGAAAAGGCUGAAGGGACGUGAGGGAGGAGUUUAGGAAGCACAGAUUGUAUGUGGGCAAGCCUUAAUUGACUGGGGUCAUUUGCAUUCACUGAGCUGUUGGAAGGGACUUUACUGCUGCAAUCGGAGACGGUGAAGCGGGGAGGAGGGGAAACCUUCCCAAAAGCAAGGAGAGGUCGGCAGAAGAGGGAAAAAAGGAAUCGGCUGCAACCCCAGAAAAGAGGUGGGGGAACGCCAUGGCACAAGUGGAUAUGGAACAACUGAGGAGCAGAGGCGCCGGCAAAGCCAUCGCGGUGCUAACCAGCGGAGGAGAUGCACAAGGUAUGAAUGCUGCAGUGCGUGCAGUGGUACGGAUGGGGAUCUAUGUGGGAGCUGAUGUUUAUUUUGUGUAUGAGGGUUACGAGGGGCUCGUUACUGGUGCAGAGUACUUGAAGUUGGCAGACUGGGACAGUGUUUCAAAUAUCAUCCAACUGGGUGGAACAAUCAUUGGCAGUACCCGAUGCAAGAGUUUCUGCACCCGUGAAGGUCGCCAGGCAGCAGCUUACAACCUGGUGCAGAAUGGCAUCAACAACCUGUGUGUGAUCGGAGGAGAUGGCAGUCUCACCGGGGCCAACAUCUUCCGGACAGAGUGGAGUGACCUGCUUGCAAGUCUUGUUGAAGAGGGUAAAAUCACAGAAGAGGUUUCCCAGCAGUAUUCUCACCUGAACAUCGUUGGGAUGGUGGGAUCGAUUGACAACGACUUCUGUGGGACAGACAUGACUAUCGGUACAGACUCUGCCCUCCACCGAAUUACGGAAGUGAUUGAUGCCAUAACCACUACGGCACAGAGCCACCAGAGAACGUUUGUGCUUGAAGUCAUGGGCAGGCACUGUGGGUACCUGGCACUGGUGUCUGCAUUGGCUUCUGGUGCAGACUGGCUCUUUAUUCCAGAGGCACCUCCAGAGGAUGGCUGGGAGGACAUCAUUUGCAAGAGACUUGGAGAAAGUCGCAGCAGAGGCUCCAGGCUGAACAUCAUCAUCCUCGCAGAGGGAGCAAUGGACCGGCAAGGAAAUCCGAUCAGCUCCAACUACGUGAAAGAGCUCGUUUCCAAACGUCUCGGAUUUGAUACACGCGUCACAGUCCUGGGACACGUGCAGCGAGGGGGCACGCCCUCGGCCUUCGAUCGAAUUCUGAGCAGCAAGAUGGGAAUGGAAGCUGUACUCACACUCCUGGAUGCCUCGCCGGAGACGUCAUCCUGUGUCGUCAGCCUCUCCGGUAACCAGGCCUUACGGCUGCCACUGAUGGAGUGUGUGCAGCUGACCAAGGACGUUCAGAAAGCAAUGGACGAGAAGAGGUUUGACGAAGCCAUCGUUCUUCGUGGCAGGAGCUUCGAGAAUAACUGGAAUAUCUACAAGCUGCUGGCUCACCAGAAACCUGCUCAGACCAAGGUAAACUCUUAGGCUCAUAGUAUUGAGACAGCUGGGCUUCUCCGUCAG